AGGACCUUUUAAGCCGAGAUGACAUUGUACUGGUCUGUAUUUUUUUAUAAAAAUUUGUUUUCAGUUUUACCGCAUCCUGUGGAUUUACCAGUCAUUAUCAUAUCCUGCGAAUGUUAGGAAAAAUCACAACGUCGUUAGUUCCCGACGGAACAAGUGGGUUUGGUAAAAUGAUUUUUGUGUUUCUUCUUUUGCUGGUGUCUGUGUGUGCAGAAAAAGGAGAUUACUCCGAACUGCAGCACCCAGCAUGGGAAGACAUUACAGAAGAAGGAGGCAUGCACAUCGGAGGCGGCAGGUCUAAACGAUUCAUUCAACUAAACCCCAAUCUGGGAAAUGUCGCCUACCAAGCUUGCACACUCCCGAACGGCAAGCAAGGCCACUGCCGCCACCUGCGCUUCUGCAUCCAGGACGAUUUCAAACAGGACUUCGUUAAAUUCAUGAAUUACAUUUGUGUUAUACAAGGCCGGUCAAUGGGCGCGUGCUGCCCGGAUGACACGACAGUAGGAGGUCCAGAGGGUUUGGCUGGAGAACUGCCGGCAACCGCGCCUCAGGAAGGAGAAGACGAGACUCUGAUAAAGAUAAGCCAAGCACAGAAUAGAGGUUGUGGUCUAAGCACGCGACCCCAAGGCAGAGUAUUCGACUCCCGCCCAGCAAACCCUCGGGAGUGGCCGUGGAUGGCUUCCAUCACACCUGAAGGCUACGAGCGGUACUGCGGCGGAGUGCUGAUCACAGAGCGGCAUGUCCUCACAGCAGCUCAUUGCACUGACAAGUUUGAGGCGAAUGAACUAUACGUCCGGCUUGGAGAAUAUGACUUCAAGCGGACCAACGACACUCGCUCCUACAACUUCAGGGUGGUGGAGAAGGUCCAACACUUUGACUUUGAGACACUGAACUACCAUCACGACAUCGCCAUACUGAAGCUGGACAAGCCUGCUACCUUCAACACUUACGUGUGGCCGAUAUGUCUGCCGCCGCCUGGAUUGAGUAUCGAGAAUGAAACUGUCACCGUCAUUGGUUGGGGCACUCAAUCGUUCGGUGGGCCGGAUAGCCACAUCCUUUUGGAAGUGUCGUUCCCAAUUUGGACUCACGAGAAGUGCAUCGAGGCGCACACCAACUCUAUAUUUGACGAGAAUUAUUGCGCCGCGGGACUCGAGGGAGGCAGGGAUGCUUGUCAGCACGACAGUGGCGGCCCGCUGAUGUAUCAAAUGCCAAGCGGCCGGUGGGCAGUGGUGGGCAUCGUGUCCUGGGGCGUCGGCUGUGGGGACCCCAGCCAUCCCGGGAUAUACACGCGCGUCGACAAAUACCUCGGAUGGAUCAUGGAGAAUGCACGGUUUUAGAAAAACCCAUUUCAACGUUAACUGCAACUCGAUAACUUGUUGAAAAUGAAAAGAAUUUUUGUUCGUUUUUUUUUCACAGUUUACAUUUCCGAUAUAAAUUUAAAUUUAAUAUUUUUAUGUGGUUUAAAAUGCUGAAUAAAUUUAUUUUUAAAUGCUA